GGAUGUUUGUUGAGGUUAUCAUGUUAUUGCUAGACCGCUUUCUGUAGUCCCAGUUAACAUUCUUCGGCGAAUUCAUCGUUUAAUUCAAUGAUGUUCUAGCAGCUGUAUUUAUGAUUUUGCUGGUUAUAUUUGAUGCAAGUUUGGCGAUCUUGUGAACCAAACACACAAGCGCUGCGACUAUCCUUUCUGUGUGUUUUUUUUCCAAGAUGGCUGGAGCUGUCGGAAGCAACCAUCCUCUGAACGCAACUCCUCAGCAGCAACUUCAACAACAUCAACAGCAACGCCCGAACUUGGCAAUCGCCGCCGCUCCGUCUACGGGUGAACAACCCAUUCCUUACAACUGGCAAGCUACCAAAACCACCGUGAAAGAACGCUUCACCUUCAUGUUCAACAACGAGAUAUUGAGCGACGUGCACUUCAUCGUCGGAAAGGGAAUUCAGACUCAGCGAAUACCUGCUCACAAGUUCGUCUUGUCCGUCGGCAGUGCUGUUUUUUAUGCUAUGUUCAACGGUGGCAUGGCCACACAAUCCGCCGAAGUCGAACUCCCGGACGUCGAACCCGCCGCUUUCUUAGCUCUCUUGCGUUUCCUGUAUUCAGACGAAGUACAGAUAGGCCCGGAAACUGUCAUGACUACUUUAUAUACUGCAAAAAAAUACGCUGUACCAGCUUUGGAAUCAGCAUGCGUUGAAUUUCUAAAAAGAAAUCUCAGCUCUGACAAUGCAUUUAUGCUACUAACACAGGCUAGACUCUUCGAUGAACCCCAACUUGCUGCUCUUUGCUUAGAAAGUAUAGACAAAAAUACAUCUGAAGCCCUGAGUGCUGAGGGGUUUACAGACAUUGACUUGGAAACUUUGUGUGUUGUGUUAGAAAGAGACACUUUGGGUAUUAAAGAGUGCAAGUUAUUCACUGCUGUGGUACGUUGGGCGAAUGCAGAGUGCCACCGACAACAAAUGAGUCCUACUCCAGAAAAUAAAAGACUUGUCCUAGGCCACGCUUUAAAAUUAAUUCGGUUUCCCCUCAUGUCAGUAGAGGAGUUCGCCUCUGGAGCUGCCCAAUCUGGUAUAUUGACAGACCGAGAAGUGGUCAGUCUUUUCCUACAUUUCACAGUUAAUCCAAAACCUACAGUGGAAUUUCCUGACAAUCCUCGUUGCUGUCUCACAGGAAAAGAACAGACCAUUCAACGUUUUCUAGGAAUUGAGACACGUUGGGGAUACAGUGGUACAAGCGACAGAAUCAGGUUUACAGUGAAUCGGAGGAUAUUUGUAGUUGGAUUUGGAUUAUUUGGAUCGAUCCACGGACCAGCUGACUAUCAAGUCAAUAUACAGAUUAUCCAUGCCGAAGGUGGGACCAUAUUAGGACAAUACGACACAGGAUUCAGCAGUGACGGGUCAGACUCCACGUUCCGAGUAAUGUUUAAAGAACCAAUAGAAAUCACUCCUAAUAUCAGUUACAUUGCCUGCGCCACUUUGAAGGGACCAGACUCUCACUACGGUGCCAAGGGAAUGCGUAAAGUUGUCCAUGAGUCACCAAAUGGUGGUAAGGUAGUCUUCCAGUUCACAUAUGCCGCUGGGAAUAACAACGGAACAUCAGUUGAAGACGGACAGAUACCUGAAAUAAUCUUCUUCACCUGAUGUGCAAACCUGAUCGUCAUCUCACUUUCACCCUUGUGCUGUCGUAGUGUUACACUAUACAGUUCCAUGUAUGCUGGGCUAUCAAUUAUUACUUCGUUACCAUGGUUAUAAUCUACUCUGCCAUAUCCAUUUAUUUCCACAUCAUUACAGAGUUGAUACUUGGUGUGUCAUUCACGAGAAAUAUUCAAGAAAAAAAUUAUCAAAAAAACAACAGCUGCAGUAACUAUACAUACAGAUAGAUUGGCGAUUGGUGUAUUUUGAAAAUAUCUGUGCAUAAAUGUUAUCCAUUACUGAAUUAGUUGAUGAUAAACUUUGCAACAUUUGAUAGUAAAUUUACGGCUUGUCUGCGUCUCCCAUUUACCUUCUUAUCUCCAUCUCGACUCAUUCUGUGGUGCGAUCGUCUCAUUCAACGUGAUGGGGACCUAUCACAGGUAGUCAUGUAGCACCAAGAACUUGAUCGUUUGAGCGACAGUAGUCUACUGUCGCUCAAAUUUUUACUAAAUAUACCGCAAAGUGUUCAAGAAAAGCGUUUUCAGUUUAUGGUGUAUCAUAGCCCAACCUAUUCAUUGACAUACAGUAAACAACAAUAAUAAAAAUGACAUAUUCUCAUCCAUAUUACAUAUUCAAGGAAACCAAGAAGUUUUUAAAUUAAUAUUGGUUGGUUAGACUGAUAUAUUUGUGCAUGUGACAUAACUUGGAGUUCUAAUUGGUCGGUUCAGAUAUGUAAAUUGUACCUUUAAUCUUUUCACCACCAGUUACCUCUUGUCAUUGCAAAUUCAUAAAAUAGUCCGUGGUUAUAGUCUGCAGAAGAUUGAGACAAAAAUACUCAAUUUGUUUGAGAAAAAAAAUGAAAAUUGACUUAAAUUAUGUCUGUUGGCUCCAAAAUUAGGGUUUAUUUCCAGAAAUAUUGAAGAUUAUAAGAAAAAUCGGCAAGGAAGUCUAGUGGUAAAAAGGUUAAUAAUGGUGACUGAGAUGAAACAAAAUGUUGCAUUCAGCCAAAGGAGAUACUUAUAGUUGAAAUCGACC